CUAACACAAACAGGAUUCACAGUUAUUCUGCUCCAAGGGACAGUCACUUAGGAAUUAUUCUAUUAUUUAUUUAAGGAAAACAUAAUCAAAAUGUUUGGAGCUAGCAAGGUGAUGCUCUGUGGAUUUAUAAUACUUGUUUCAGGUAAGUACGAAGAAUAAUGUGACCAUAUAAUAAAUUCUAAGCAAAUUCUUAGUAACUUUAUUUCUUUUUAAUUGAAGUAUAUUGAAUGAUAAUCAACACGCAUUUAUUAAUACAUGGAAUACUUAUAUAACAAAUAAUACAGAUAGAAAUAUAAUUAGUAGCAGUUGUAGUAUGUUUUGUUAUUGUUCAGUAAAUAUUAUUAUUAUUAUUAUAUUAUUAUUAUUUUAUUAUUAUGUAGAAAGUGUCACUAAAUUCUGCAGCACUGUACAACAAGUUGACUAGCAGACAAGUAUUUGUAACAAGACAAAUGUUGAUGGGUUUGAGGGCUGUGCUCAAACAAGCUUACAUAGUGAAUAAUAUAAUAUAAAUAUAUUAUGGUUUUUUUUUUCAUAUACUUGUUCCUUAUCUAGAGUAACAUUUAUAUACUACAUAUACUGUAACAGAGGCCAGGGAGUAUCAAUCAUUAUAAACAAAAAAUAUUGCAAUGCAGGCAAUGUUGCGACAUAUGUUAUUUUUUUCAUUGAUGUAGCUAUUAUCCACCCAAUUCUUAUUUCUCUCUCGAUGUCUCUCCAAUUUAAAUCCUACCAUAAUCUACAAGGCAUUUUAUUGAUUAACAAGAUUUUUUUUUAAAAGCCACUUUGUAUCAUCUUGUGGUGAAGGAUUCCUUCUGAAGGAGCCCUGGAGUGUCUGAUGAGAAUUUUGAUUGUAGUGGUACUUGUUAAAUCAAGAGUUGAUACUGAGGGUACUUUACUGAAAUGAUAGCCUACUUGUGAUACUUACUGACAGAGAGAUUAAGCAAUAGUUUGCUAAAGGGACAUUUCAUGUUAAACAAAUCUUUCGGUUGUAUUUAAAGAAAUUUAAAAUGAUUUUACUUUGCAGUUACAAUGCUAAAAAUGUCACAUAGAUUUUGAAUUCACAUAGCUUACAGAUCAAUUUUGAAACUUUAGGGGGUGGGAGGUUGAUAAUGCCUUAUAUAUAUAUAGUGGUAUAGAUGGUUGGUAUGUACUGAACAUUGUUCUAAUAAUCUCCCAGUCAUGCUGUUUGUUCAAGUUGCCUUGAUAACAUUUGAAAGAAAACAUGCUUUAACGAUCUGUGUCAAUGUGUUAGUUAGCAUCAAUAUGAAUAACUGGGUGUGGAUUACACAAUAGGGCAGAAGGUCUAUCUAUACCACAGCAAUAAGAGGAAUCCAUUGUGAAAAUGAUGACAGGGUAACAUACUAACAGGUUGAAAAGAAAAAAUUCAAAUCUAAAGAAUUCACCCUUUUCACAGAUUCCGUUGUUGGUGCUGACCCACAAGACAGUAAAUGAAAUAAGAAAAAACAAAUCCGAACCAGUUAAAGUACUAUCUCUUUAUGAACCAAACAAAGUCCUUCAUGACUUUAAAAUGAUGAUAUCAUUUCUCUCUGGAUAAACAGCUGUUAUUAACAAUGACUGCUAUAUAAACUAGUAAAGCCAUAAAUAUUCAGCUUUGACAAUAAAUACAUUUUGAGCUCUUUCUAAUGUGUCAAAUUUGGCAAAUUUUAUUUUACUGUGACAUCCAUUGCAAUGGGUUAAAAUCUCCCAAUGAUUUUCACAGAAUCACUACUUUAUUAAAAGUACAUGUUCAAGCAUUUUGUUUCUGGGCAUGGGACCUUAAACGGGAGCUGUCCCUUCCCAGAUGUUUUAAUAUUGUGUUUAUUUAGCCACGCAUUUAACAAAUAUGAAUUUGUGAGGUGUGAAAUAGAAUGGAAUUCGAAAUAAAGACAUCAUUAUGCAAUGCAUUAUGCGCCUCCAUCUGAGCUCCCUGUCAAUCAUUGCUAUAAACUCUCUACUUUUAACACGGCAGUCAGAAUAGAGAGAGUCCCCUCCAUCUGAGCCCCCUGUCAAUCAAAGAAAGGAUAUAAUUAACACGGCAGUCAGUAUAGAGAGACCAUUCAGAGAAGAGGAGAAUUUUUUAAAUAAUCUAUUUCACCUCUUCAUUUGCAACGUUUUCCCUGACUUUGUAUUGUCUGAACUGGUUUAUGAUUUUUCUUUCUAAAUCUUAAAAAAAUAAAAUAAAAAGGUCAGCAGAAGUUCUAGGCGAUUGUCUGUGAUUAUUUGGUGAUGUCAAUUGCAGAGAAUUGAAAGUCCCCUAAUUAAUAGAGACCUGUAUGCUUAUGUCAACGUUCUGGAUUACAGUCAAACCACCCCAGAUUGGUGGAGUUGUACCAUGAGAUAUUUUGUUAAGAUAAAAGAAUAAAUCCAAGAUAGAAUGGGUGCAGAGCGAGUCUGUCCUAUAACCCUUGAGAGUAUUUAUUUGUGGAUGACGGCAUCAAAUGUUUAGCUUGAAUCAAAUUGUUGUGUACUUAAUGUGAUACAUACAUUAAAGAUUCUCUGUAGCAGCAAUAGAUAGGAAUUGGGUGCCGUUUGUAUAGGUCAUGCAUAGCACGCGUUGGUAAUACAUCCAGAACCAUUUCAUGAAGCUAUCAUGGACUGUCCUGUUGAUUGUAAGACAAUUGAGUGAUAUUCGCCAUAUCAGCGUUGUGGUAGCAAUCAGUGUUAAAAUAAAUAUACUAAAAACGUAAAAAGAUCAGUGUUGUAAGAAAACAAAUUCACUAAGAAAGUAAGAUAUGGAUUCUGAUCUUUACACUCGAACGCCUGUGAAUAGGCUUUGAAAAUUCUUUCUCCGUUAUUUUUGGCGUUAGACGUUAAUCAUAUUUUGAACUAAGGGAUUUAUUUAACAGUUUUGCUAAAUUGGCAACAUUUAGGGCAAAGCAGUGAAAGUAGAAAAUAAUAUCUCUGACAUGUUUUCUUACUUGACUGUGGAUUCAAUAUAAACUCCGACUUAUGAUCUUAAUAGUUUGUUUUAGAACUUCAGGACAGAAGGGUUUCUUUGACUAAGAAUGUUGUUAGAUGUCUUUUUUCCGGUCAUUGUAUUGGUAAUACUAUGUCCAUGUGAGAGAGUGUGUUUGUGUUUAAUUAUAUCCUUUCUUUAGUAUAUUUUAUGAUUUCGCUUGUUAUUAUGUUUUUACUAAAAAAAUCUAAUAUGUUGUUUUGUUUUCCAUAGUUUCCCAGGUCGAAGCGCAGAGUUCAUCAUCACUUCUUGAGUUACUCAAUAAUCUCAUCCAGCAACUAGUACAAAUAAUUCAAAACGUAAUAAAACAGUUAACAAAUCCAACAACAACAGCGGCUCCUGCAACCACUUUACCUAGUAGCUCGACUAUAAGUACAGCUACGCAGCAUAGCACUGGGACUAGUAAUCAGGCUAUAAUAACAGCGACAACUUCUGCAUCUUCUAGCAGCAGCCCUUCAACUGCCACCAGUAGCAGCCAAUCCACAGGAAGCACUGAUAGCCUCCUAUCAUCAGCCAAUGUGGAGACAACAGUCAGUCACCAAUCAACAGCUACCAGCAGCAUUGCAGUCUCUUCAACUACCGGGAUUGACACCAGUAGCCAAUCUAUAUCAGCCAGCACGGAAACAUCUUCAAACAUUGGGAGCAGCAGUCAAUCACCUUUCACAAGUAACACUCUGAGCUCUCCCAUUUCAGAUACCAGCAGUCAAUCGCCAUCAGCUAGUACAGAAACAUCUCAAGUUACUGGGACCAACAGUCAAUCAGCAUCAACCAGUACACAGACAUCUUCCAGUGUUCGGACCACUUGCCAAACAGCCCCCAUGAGUAACACUCAGGACACUUCCUUUACAGACACAAGUAGUCAACCACUAUCAGCCAACACAGAGACAUCAUCCAACACUGCUACCAGGAGCCAAUCACAAUCCACUACUAACACUCUAACCUCUUCUGGUACAGAGACCAGCAGUCAAUCACUAUCAGCCAACACAGGGACAUUGUACAAUACUGCUACCAGGAGUCAAUCUGAAUCCACAAUUAAAACUCUAACCUCUUCUGGUACAGAGACCAGCAGUCAAUCACCAUCAGCCAAUACAGGGACAUCAUCCAAUACCGCUUCCAGGAGCCAAUCAGAAUCCACCAUUAACACUCUGACCUCUUCUGGUACAGAGACCAGCAGUCAACCACCAUCACCCAGCACAGGGACAUCUUCCAAUACUGCCACUAGGAGCCAAUCUGAAUCCACUACUAACACUCUAACCUCUUCUGGUAUAGAGACCAGCAGUCAACCACCAUCACCCAGCACAGGGACAUCAUCCAAUACUGCUACCAGGAGCCAAUCAGAAUCCACCAUUAACACACUAACCUCUUCUGGUACAGAGACCAGCAGUAAACCACCAUCAGCCAACACAGGGACAUCACCCAAUACUGCUACCAACAGUCAAUCUGAAUCCACUACUUACACUCUAACCUCUUCUGGUACAGAGACCAGCAGUCAAUCACCUUCAGCCAACACAGGGACAUCACCCAAAACUGCAACUAACAGCCAAUCAGAAUCCACUACUAACACUCUAACCUCUUCUAGUACAGAGACCAGCAGUCAAUCACCAUCACCCAGCCCCGGGACAUCUUUGAAUACUGCUACCAGGAGCCAAUCUGAAUCCACUACUAACACUCUAACCUCUUCUGGUACAGAGACCAGUAGUCAACCACCAUCACCCAGCACAGGGACAUCAUCCAAUACUGCUACCAGGAGCCAAUCAGAAUCCACCAUUAACACUCUGACCUCUUCUGGUACAGAGACUAACAGUCAACUACCAUCAGCCAACACAGGGACAUCUUCCAAUACUGCUACCAACAGCCAAUCUGAAUCUGCUACUAACACUCUAACCUCUUCUGGUACAGAGACCAGCAGUAAACCACCAUCAGCCAGCACAAGGACAUCUUCAAUUACGGGGACAAGCAGCCAAUCAGCAUUAACCAGUAAUGAUCUGAGCACUUCCAUAACAGAAACAAAUAGUCAAUCACGACUCACCAGCCCAGAAACAUCUUUAAUUACUGGAAUCAGCAGUCAUGCAGGAUCUGCCAGUAACACUUUAACCUCUUUCAGUAUAGAGACCAGAAGCCCACCAACAUCAGUCAGUGGGACAUCUUUCAUUACUCCAGCCAGCAGCCAGUCAGCAUCUGCCAGUAAAACUCUGAGCACGUCCACUACAAUAACAAUUAGUCAGCCACUUUCAGCUGGUAUAGAGACAUUGUUCAGUACUGGGACUACUAGGCAAACAAUAUUCACUAGUAACACAAUAAGCAGUUCCAUUACUGGUACCAGUAGUCAGCAACCAUCAACCAACACAAAGACUUCUUCAACUACUGAAACCAAAAGCCAAACUGCAUCCACUAGUAAUACUGUUACUGCUUCCAUUACAGAAAUGAAUAGUCAACCACUAUCAGCUGGUAUACAAACAUCUUCAACUACUGGAACCAACAGCCAAACUGCAUCCACCAAUAACACUCUGAGUAAAUCAGUUACAGAAAUAAGUAGUCAACCUCUAUCAACUGGUAUCCAGACAUCUUCCAGUACUAAAACUACAAGCCAAUCAGCAUUUACUAACAACAAUUUGAGCACUGUUACAGGUGGCAGUAGUCAAUCUACAUCAGCAAGUAUACAGACAUCUUCAGUUACUGGAUCCAACAGCCAAUCAGCAUCCACCAGUAACACUCUGAGCACUUUCAUUACAGAAACUAGUAGUCAACCACCAUCAGCUACAAUACAGACAUCUUCCAGUACUCAAACUACAAGCCAAUCAGCAUUCACCAAUAACCCUCUGAGCACUUCUAUUGCAGAAAUCAGUAGCAAUCCAGCAGCAGCCAACAGAGAGACAUCGACAAUUACUGGAACCAACAGUCAACCAUUAUCUACCAGUAACAUUCUGAGCUCUCUCAUUACUGCUGCAAGUAUCCAACCACCAUCAGGCAACACAGAGAUGUCUUUCAUCACUGGUACAUACAGCUUUUCAUCAUCCACCAGUAGCACUCCAAGCUCUUUCUUUUCUAAUUCCAUUAGUCAUUUCCCAUCAGUAAACACAGGGACAUCAUCAAAUACCGGAACCAGUAGCCAAACAACAUCCAACAGUAACAUUCUUAGCACGUCCAUUAAAGAAAACAGUAGCCAACAACCACUGGUCAGUACACAGGUAUCCACCACUACUGGGACCAACAGCCAAGCAACAUCUACCAGUAGCACUAUGACUUCUGGUUCUAGCAGUCAACCCCCAUCCAGUGAACCAACAUCAGUCAGCACAGGGACAUCUUUUAACACUGGGACCAGCAGCCUAACGACAUCCACCACCAGCACUCUGACCACUUCCAUUACAGGAACCAAUAGGCAACAGUCACUGGACAUUGCGCAGUCACUCACCAGUUAUGGAACCAAUAGCCAAUCAACAUUCUCCAAUAAUACUCCAAGCUCUUCAAUUACAGGAACGAGUAGCCAGCUAUCACCAGCCAGUACACAAUCAUCCACCAGUACUGGAACCAAUAGCCAAUCAACAUCCACUAGUAGCACUCUAAAUUCUUUCAUUACUGGUUCUAGUAGUCAACCCCCAUCUACUCAACCCCCAUCAGCCAACACAGGGACAUCUUUUAAUACUGGGAUCAGCAGCCAAAUUAUAUCCACUAGUAUCACUCUGAGCACUUCCAUUACAGAAACCAAUAGGCAACAGUCACUGGACACUACGCAGUCACCCACUAGUUCUGGAACCAAUAGCCAAUCAACAUUCUCCAAUAACACUCCAAGCACUUCAAUUACAGGAACGAGUAGCCAGCUACCACCGGCCAGUACACAAUCAUCCACCAGUACUGGAACCAAUAGCCAAUCAACAUCCACUAGUAGAACUCUAACCUCUUUCAUUACUGGUUCUAGUAGUCAACCCCCAUCUACUCAACUACCAUCAGCCAGCACAGGGACAUCUUUUAAUACCGAGAUUAGCAGCCAAAUUAUAUCCACUAGUAACACUCUGAGCACUUCCAUUACAGGGACCAAUAGUCAACAACCACUACCCACUACACAGUCAUCCACCAGUACUGGAACUAAUAGCCAAGCAACAUCCUCCGGCAACACUCUGAGCACUUCAAUUACAGGAAUGAGUAGUCAGCUACCACCUGCCAGUACACAAUCAUCCACCAGUACUGAAACCAAAAGCCAAUCAACAUUAACUAGUAGCACUCUAACCUCUUUCAUUGCUGAUUCUAGUAGUCAACCCUCAUCUAGUCAACUCCCAUCAGCAAGCACAGAGACAUCUUUUAACACUGGGACCAGCAGCCAAAUUAUAUCCAUUAGUAACACUCUGAGCACUUCCAUUACAGGGACCAAUAGUCAACAACCACUACCCACUACACAGUCAUCCACCAGUACUGGAGCCAAUAGCCAAUCAACAUCCUCCAGUAACACUCUGAACACUUCAAUUACACAAACCAGUAGCCAGCUAUCACCGGUCAGUCCAAAAUCAUCCACCAGUACUGAAACCAAUAGCCAAUCAACAUCCAGUAGUAGCACUCUAACCUCUUUCAUUACUGGUUCUAGUAGUCAACCCCCAUCUGGUCAACUCCCAUCAGCAAGCACAGAGACAUCUUUUAACACUGGGAGCACCAGCCAAACAACAUUACCUAGUAACACUCUGAGCACAUUCAUUACAGGAACCAAUAGGCAACAGUCACUGGACACUACACAGUCACCAGCCAAUACUGGAACCAAUAGCCAAUCAACAUUCUCCAAUAACACUCCGAGCCCUUCAAUUACAGGAACAAGUAGCCAGCUACCAAUGACCAGUACACAAUCAUCAACCAGUACUAGAACCAAUAGCCAAUCAACAUCCUCCCAUAACACUCUGAACACUUCAAUUACAGGAACCAGUAGCCUACUACCAUUGCCCAUUACACAAUCAUCCACUAGUGCUGGGACCAACAGCCAAUCAACAUCCUCCAGUAGCACUCUGACUUUCAUUACUAGUUCUACUAGUCAAACAUCAUCAAGUCAACCUCCAUCGACCAGCACAGGGACAUCUUUUAACACUGGGUCCAGCAGCCAAAUGACAUCCACUAGUAACACAAUGAGCACUUCCUUUACCGGAACCAAUAGCCAACAACCACUGCCCACUACACAGUCAUUCACCAGUACAGGAACAAAUAGCCAAUUAACAUCCUCCAGUAACACUCCCAGUAACACUCGGAACACUUCAAUUACAGGAACUAGUAGCCUACUACCACUGACCAGUACACAGUCAUCCAUUAGUACUGGGACCAACAGCCAAUCAACAUCCACCAGUAUCACUCUGGCCUCUUCCCUUACUAGUUCUAGUAGUCAAACCUCAUCUAGUCAGCCCACAUCAGCCAGCACAGGGACAUCUUUUAACACUGGUGCCAGCAGCCAAACUCCAUCCACCAAUAACACUAUCAGCUCUUCCAUUACUGGAGCAACAAGCCAGCUACCACUGGUCACUACACGAUCAUCCACCAGUAGCACUCUAAAAACAUUUUUUACAGAAACCAGUAGACUAUUACCACCAGCCAGUACACAAUCAUUCAUUAGUAGUGAGACCAACAGCCAAUCAAUAUCCACAAGUAACAUUCUGACCUCCGCCAUUACUGGUUCUAGUAGUCAACCCCUAUCUAGUCAACAAACAUCAGCUAGCACAGGUACAUCUUUUAACACGGGUACCAGCGGUCAACGAACAUCCACCAAUAAUGCUCUGAACACUUCCACAGGAACCAGAAGUCAACCUCCAUCCAACACAGGGACAUCUUCAAGCACUGGGUUCUUCAGCCAACAAGCAUCCACCAGAAACCCUAUUAGCUCUUUCACUACUUCCAGUAGUCAAUCCCCAUUAUACAGCACAGGAACUAUAUCCACUACUGGAACCACCAGCCAACCAACAUCUUCCAGCAUCACCAAUACUAAAUCAACAUCCACUGGCAACACUCCUAACUCAUUUAUUACUUUUACAGGUAGUCAGACAUCAUCAACCAGUCCUGUGACAUCACCCAACACUGGAACUAGUAGUCAAUUAACAUCAAGUAAUAGUCAGUCAUCAUCAACCAACACAGGGACAACUGUAACUACAGCAACAAAUACCCAAUCAACAUCCACAAGCAAAAUGGUGAACACUUCUAGUACUGCUACCACCAGCCAACUUUCAUCAACCAAAUCUGUAACAUCUUUCAGUACCACCUCCAAUACCAAAUCAGGAUUUUCAAAUGCCACAAGCUUAACCACUACAGUUACUAGUGUCAGUGUUGUGUCAUCAAAUACAAUAACCACUGCUACUAGUGGAACUACUGCUUCAUCAGGUCAGACUGUGACUUCAUUUACAACAUCAUCUUUGAGCACACCAACAGGAACAAAUAAUACAAUGACCUCUACGACUGGAACAGGUAGCACAUCAACAUCAAGCACAAAAGCCAAUGUUCAAACCACAAACAAUACAUUGACCUCGUCAAGCACUGUGACCCAACAGGCACCAACAAGUGGAACCAAAAGUGUGACAAAUGAAACUUCCACUAGUACAACUGUACCGUCUUCAACUACGGGUAAGUUUAUCUAUAAAGAUAGCCCUAUUAAAUUGAAAUAAAACAAACAGAUAUGCUGGAAGUAUUGUUCCAUAACUAAUUUUUGUCUUUUUCAUUUUAGUGAGCUCGGCUAGCACUGGGCUUCCUAACUGGGCCAUAAUUCUCAUAGCUUUGGCGGUCAGCAUUGGUACGGUCAUACUCAUUAGUACAACCUUCCUUGUAAGUGUGUCUACUAAUACUUUUCAACUGAUUUUCAUACUAACAUUUAAUGUUUAUGUAAUUGCUAAACAUUCUAAACUCACUACAAGUUGACCCUUUUUAAAAAAAUCACACACAUUUUCUUUCUUUUAACAUUGAACAACACUUUUUCUCAAUAGUGACCUAAUUUAUUAUUAUUUUUUUUAUAUUUUACAGUGGUAAAUGUCAACCAGAGUAAUGUUUUUUGUGUUUUCUAACAAUGCAGAAAUAAGUCAGGCAAAAUCAACCAUUUUCCACAUGUGGUGUGUUUAUAACCUUAUCCAUAUGCCAUGCCUCCCAACUAUCCCAAUUUUUACCGAACAUUUGCGAUUUUCGUGUCCUGUCAUGCCAUCCCAACUUAGCUUCCCGGUGUUCCACUUUUCUGCCAUCUGUCCCCUAUGAUGCACUUGUGCUAUAUUAAGGUCUUGUGCAGAGAACACUGAAACGGUGCUCCCUGCAAGUCCUGCCCUCAAUGGACUGGCAUUAGAUGAUUAAAAGACUGCUCCAUUUCUAUGAGGGUGCACCCCCUUUGGACAGAGCCAGUGACAUGAUCACAUUACUUGUCCACCCCCUUUAUCUCCCUUCCAAAGGCGUGCCAGAGUUUGGAGAUAUGGUAUUAAACACAUGCCAUGUCCUAUUUUAAGAUUCUAGUAUUUUUGGAGUGUUUUGGGAAAAUAUUAAUGCAAAUAAGUCUCAAGAAGUAUAUAUGGUGUUGUUUUAUAAUGUGCCUGUUUUAUUAAACAUUAAAGUUAAAAAGCGUUAUGGUCUAAGCAUUCAAUGGUUAAUUCUGCAGCAGAUUUUAUUGGAAAAAGUGCAAGGUUUCGAUCUCCAUGAGAUCUUUCUCAAGCUAGCACUAAAGUGUACUAAUACAGAUUGUAUAGGGUUUACAAUUAAACAAUAAAUUGAUUCAUAAUUAUACAAAGGUGUUUUUCAAAUCAUAUAUCAAAAACAGUCAUCAGUUGAAUCAACAGCCGAGUGCACUCACCAAUUUUAACCAACCAGGAGUCCCCAAUUACAAAAGAGGGUGAAACUAAGCUGAUGUUUAUAAUCAAAAUAAUUUUAACCUUGAGUCUUCUUUACUUAUUUAAUUGCUUCAUGAAAUGCUCUCUUGUCUCCUUUUUGUACGAAUGCUGAAAGGGAUUGUCCCGAGACUACAGGAUCCUCUCAGGGACAUUUUCCAUAAACGCGGUUAAGUUCCGAUAUUAAAAAAUAAUGGAAGCCUAUAUUCGCAUUUGCUACCUGUCUCCCAAAAUUGUAAUUAAUACAACCGAUCCUCGUGAAAGUUAUAUUAUUAUAAACAUCAGCUUAGUGUCACUCUCUUUUGUAAUUGGGGACUCCUGGUUGGUUAAAAUUGGUGAGUGCACUUGGCUGUUGAUUUAGUUGAUGACUGUUUUUGAUAUAUGAUUUGAAAAACACCUUUAUAUAAUUAGGAAUCAAUAUAUUGUUUAAUUGUAAACCCUAUACAAUCUAUAUUAUUACACUUUGGAGUUAGCUUGAGAAAGAUCUCAUGGAGAUCGAAACCUUGCACUUUUUCCAAUAAAAUCUGCUGCAGAAUUAACCGUUGAGUGCCUGGACCAUAACUCUUUUUAACUAUUAAGGUGGGGGUAGCCAUCCCCAGGUCUAGUAACAGCAGGAUUCCAGUAAGAGUGUGGUAUUCCUUGUCUUUUAUUACUACAUUUUCUUAUUAAACAUAACUUGGUGCUAUUACAGUAGAACAAACCUAUAUUCCUAAUGUCUAGUUCAUGUAUAGAUGAAAAGGUAUUUCAAUAUACAUCUUUCUGAUGUGUUUCAAAUAUGGGUAAAUAAUUGGCGUAGCAGUAACAACCGAGUAAACUGAAUGACAAUAAGCAUUCAGAGCAUUCAGAGUCAAGGAGCAACAAUGCAUAUUCAGCUCAUAGAAUACAUUUGGACCUCAGGAUUAUGGGAUGCCACGUGUAUUACUAGGGGGUGCUGCCACCUUAGCCUUUCCAGAAUGCCUUUUAAUCUAUACACUUAUCAAGACAAGACAGUGAGACAGACAGACGGAUGGACGGACAGACAGAUAUCUGAUUUGUGUGCUCUUUAUUCUUUAAACUUCACACCUUUAUAUACAAUGUUUUAUGUUUUUUUUUUUUUAUUACUGGUAAGAUUGACAUCUUAAAUAUUUUCUAGAAAACCUUAACUCACUCAACAUUCAUUUUUAUUCUCAGAUUGUCUACUGUGUGAGAAGAUUUGCUGGUAUCACUAGUUAUAACAUCACUGUUUAACCCAAAGAAUAUUCCUUUGCACUGAUCUCUCCUAUCCUGCAAAAGUAUCCACUGAUAUGAAACAACUGUAAAUCUGGACAGCUGAGUCAUCGAACUCGGGAAAGAAGGACAGUCCUUUUCCAACCAGUCAUUGUGUGUGAUUUGGUUCCGGGACAGUAACACCCAAGGAAAGGCGUAUCCCUGUGUCAGUUGUAUUCAGUGGUGAUAUAAGACAACCCUGUACAAAGUAUUUUUCUUUUGGGUUUUACUCAAUAAUAUCAAUGAAAAUGUACUGCGUCACUUUAAAUAAAGUGUAAUAUGUAGUUCCAUAAUAAAGUCCCCUGCAUUCAGUCUGAGUAAUGCAGUAUAACAUUACACCUAUGGAUGCAUCAUAUAUAAAGUAUCCUGGCUAUAUGUCACUACAUGUCUCACAGUAAAGGCUCUGUGACAAACUGUGGGCAGUAUCUAUAUUAUAGCAUUUGUUAGAAAAACAGGAUGUUUAUAGUAAGAUUGUGACAUCCCCAGGAACUCUCAAUAUAUCUAAAUAAGGUACACAUACAUUUAUCAGUGUGAAGGUAUUGCCUUAUGAUCAUUAUAAAGUAUACAAAGUGUAUGUUGUACAAAUAGAGAUAGGGACUAAUAUAUAUAUAUAUAUAUAUAUAUAUAUAUAUAUACACAUUUUUAUAUUUUGUGUCUGGUCUAAACUGGUUUUGCCGGCAGAACCUUGGCCAAUCAGAAUUGUUCCGAUCACAUGUUGUGUAAUUAUGAGAUUUUUCAAUAAAUUAAAAUAUAUUUAUUAUGUAAUUAAUUUGAAUCACUCCUUUAUUGUGAUAUGAGUGAAGGCAUACUAUGUUUAUUGUAUUUUUUUUACUAUUAUUUAAAUAAACACAAUGUUCUAAAACUGUUAUACGAGUGAACCUUAUAUAAGGGCAUUGGUUUUCAUGACACAAACACACAAACAUUAGUUGUAAAGGUGGAAACAUUUAGACAUUAGUUACUUUCUGAACCUUUAAUAUAUAUAUAUGUUACAGUAACAGCAGGAAAGCUGAGAGAUGUAUGUGUGUGGAAUGAAAACUGGAUCCAAUGGCCUUGAUGUAUCCCAUUGUAUUCUAUAACCACACAUUAUUGUGGCAAACCUAGCCACUUGUGGGAUGCUGAACUGUCUGUAUCAAAAGGUUGUCUGUAAUAACCGCUGUAUUGUAUGUGUAACAUUGAUCUGUACUGUUAUGUGGAUAGAAUUCGUAUGCUAGCAGCCAAAUGCCGCUAGCAUUCAUGUAUUUCGUUUCACGAACACACGACUUUACUGGCUGUUCGUGAAACGAAUGAGCUACCCCCCAAUAGCCCACACAUAGAGAGACGUGUGGCACUCGUUAAGGUAGGUAGUUAAGGAGUGAAAAAAACAGGUUUAUAGAGAGCGCAAAAAAUAUAUAUCAGUAAAAUAGUGGAUUUUCUAAGCAGGUGCUUCAAAUUAUGAUUAUCCACAAGAAAAAGUUAAUAUACAAAGCUGCCAGAUACACUAAAAACCUUCCCAAGUUUUAAAACAUCAUGUGUGACAUAAAUUGAAAUAAAAACAGUAUCAGCGCUUAGUUAAUAUACCCCUAUUUUUUGUAUAUGGGUCAACAACAAAAAUAUAUUGAAUAAAUUAAAUAAAGAGUCCCAGUUUCAAUCUUCAUGGGGUGUUUCCAAAUGUCCGCAGGGAUUUGAUAGUUGUAACAGUAAUUGAUGUAAAAAGACUUUGUCUUUAUAUGUAUCCAACCUUAAAUCAAAAAGAUACUAACAUAGCGUGAUACAGUUACAAUACUUUAUUUCCCAUAUGGUAAUCCCCCCAUAAGAGGAACUCUUACAAUUAAAAGUGGUGAAACUUAUUUCUAAGGUUCACAAUAAAAACGUAGAAAUGCAGAAUAUUGGUCGGUGAAUAUAAAGUUACCGCUCCGUGGGUGUUAAUUCCAGACCGGUCCUGUGCACUCGGAUCGAUCCUCACUGAGAAGCCAACUAGCCAAUCUGCAGUCUCUCCAAAUUCCAAAAUCCCGCCAGAAACACGAUCUACGCGUUUCACUCAUUCAAACGAGCUUUCUCAAGAUACAGUGUUCUGGGGGAUUGUGAUUACAUAUAUAUCUCUAGCAAUUAAAUAGUUAAAAAACAAGAAAUUCAUCUGGUACAUUAAUAUCUUCCAUUUAACUAUGUGUUCUCUGAUUCUUACUAUAUUUUCAGACUCAUAGCAG